CGCCGCAGCUGGCCCCGCAUUGUCCCGGCGGCCGCAGGAUGUCGAGCCCCGCACCGCCGCCCGCCGCCCCCCGGGCCCGCGGAUCCGGUGCCUGCGCCGGGCUCCGAUAGGGAUGGAGCCGGAAUGAGGAGCUCUGUUGAAGAUGCACUGGACACCAGAGCAUGCCCAGCCCCUGAACCAGUGGCCAGAGCAGCACCUCGAUGUCUCCUCCACCACCUCCUCACCAGCCCACAAAUCUGACCUCUACCACAGCAGCCGGCAGCGCUUCAACUACGCCUGGGCCAACGACGACAUCUCCGCGCUGACGGCCUCCAACCUCCUCAAGAGGUACGCGGAGAAGUACUCGGGGGUGCUGGACUCGCCCUACGAGAGGCCGGUGCUGAACAGCUACGGGGAUGGCGCCUUUGGGCCGCUCAACGGGCAGAAAGGUGACGUGGAGCCUUGGCCGAUGUCGCAUAGCUCGGACGGUGCCUACCCCCUGAGUGCCAUGCACGAUGGACUGUCUGGCUCCAAGGGGGUCGUUCCUUCUGCCCCAGGAAACGGGCCUGUAGGGCUUGGCAGCUCCCCUGUUGUCCCGGGCAACCUCGCAGACCCCAUUUAUCCCACUAACGCAUGUGGGGGAGCCACCGGCUCCAGCGGCCUUGGCUCGUCUCAGGAGUAUACCUCAGGCUACAGUGGCACCUACCUGCCAUCGGGCUACUGCAGCCAGCCCUCUACAGCACUUCCCCCUCCCCACCCGUCAACCCUGCACAGCUCAGGACUCCUGCAGCCCACGCACCCUUCCUCUGCACUGGUCCCCAGCUACAGCUCCUCAGGUCCCAUGUACAACUACGCUUCAGGCAGCUACCCGCCUCAGCCCGGCUACGGGGGGAUCCACCCUCCGCACCCGUCAGCCUCUUACCUGCCCUCGGGCAUUGCUGCACCCACCCCCAUCCCCCCACCGCCUCCCUCCUCCCGGCCCCCAGGCAUCCCUGGUUAUAGCUACCAGAGCUCCAGCCUGCCCCCCCUCCCGGUGCCCCCCCUCAGCAGCGACUCGGGGGGCUCCCUGAAACGAAAGGCCUUUGAUAUCCCCGGCGGGGAGGACGAAGCUGAGGGCAGGUACAGGAAAUACAGCUAUGAGCAACCAAAGUCCACCCCUGAGUCGCCAUACCAGAUGUCUGACAACGGCGAAUGUGGAGGCAACAGCUUCAGCCGAAGCACCGAGACCUCCCAGCUGCCCUUCAAGGCUGGGAAAAGGCCGACGGGAGCAGCGGCGACCGUGGCCUUGGAGGAGCAUGUAGGGAAGUACAACAGCCAGCCCAUGAAAGGCCUGGUCUCCCCUCCGUACGGCGCCGGGGAAGCCCCUCUGAGGCCCGGGGAGAGCUUUGAGAAGUUCACCCCGCCCCUCGCCAAUGGCGAGCGCGCAGGCGGUGAGCAGGGCCGUGCCUUCGCCCAUGGGAUGCAGGCCAAGCCGCAGGCGUUCAGCAGCCAGCCUGUGGAAGAGCAGCUGAAAAACGUAGACCCCCUGAUCCUAGAGCUGGUGAACAACAAAAUCGUCGACUGCAGCCCCCCCGUCCAGUGGACGGACAUUGCCGGCCAGGUCUCGGUCAAAGCCGCCAUCGAGGAAGAGCUGGUGUGGCCUAUCCUGAGGCCUGGGGCCUACACUGGGGAGAGCCGGCCGCCCAGGACCAUCCUGCUGUUCGGGCCUCGUGGAGCAGGGAAAACCCUGCUGAGCAGGUGCAUCUCCACCCAGCUGGGCUCAACCUUCCUGAAUCUCAGCGGGACGGCCCUGCUUUCCAAGUGGAAGGGCGAGGCCGAGAAGAUCCUGCAGACAGUCUUCUUCAUGGCCAGCUGCCGUCAGCCGUCAGUGGUGCUCAUCUCCGAGGUGGAGUCCCUCCUCGCGGCCUGCGCUGGUGAAGAAGCCACCCAGGUGAGCGGCCUCAAGUCUCAGCUGCUUUCCUACUUGGACAACAUAGCUACCUCAGCCGAGCAGAACGUCGUCGUCAUCGGGACGACCACCCGGCCCAGCAAUGUGGAUGAAGCCUCCCAGAGGAGGUUCGCCAAGCGGUUUUACAUUUCCCCGCCCGACAGCAUCGCCCGGCGGCAGAUCCUCCACCACACCUUGGCCCAGCAGAACUACUGCCUCAGUGAAAGGGAGAUGGCCUCCCUCGUGCAGCACACCGAGAGCUACUCAGGCAGCGAACUCAUCCAGCUAUGCCAGCAGGCCGGCCCCACCAAACUCCACAGUCUGCCAGGCCAGCUGCAGCCCACCUCCUACAAAGACUUCGAGAACGCCUUCUGCAAAGUCCGCCCCACCGUCUCCCAGAAGGAGCUGGACUUGUACGAGGAGUGGGACAAAAUGUACGGGUCCAGGCACUGACGGCGCGUGGAAGGGGUGGGCUGGGGAAGCCAAGCCCUCAGCCUCAGACUCCAGGGGCAUUUUUUUGUUGAUGGUGGUGUUGGUUGAAUGCCAGCUUGACCUCUGAGUGGAAGAUUCGGGGGGAUUAUUUUGUAUUUGUUAAGCUCUGUUGCUCUGGAGUCUCUGGUCUAGCUCCAGCUGCUAAGGAUGGAAUAACAGAUCGCCCAUGAAUUCAGUCAGUGUCUUUUGUCUUUCUCCUAUGUCCAAGCUGAUCUGAAGAUGAAAUACUUGAUCCAAGAAAAGACCCGAACACAAACAAAUUCCUUUACAGGCUUUUCUAUGUCGGACUUGACUGAUUUGGUUUGUUUGUUUUUGUUUUUGGAAGUAGUCGCUCACUGAACUCAGGAUAAUCUAUUUAUUAUUCGUCUACUUUCCCGUUCAUCCAUUUUAAGACCAGCAAUGUAAAGGAUGCAGCCAGGUGGAGAUGUGUUUGGUUUUAGCCUUCUCAUGCGUGAUACGACAGCUCUCUGGUCAAUUUACAGAGACCUGGUUUUUGUUGUUGUUGUUCCUAAUAGAAAUUUUUCAGCCAUCAUUUAACAAAACCAGCCCUGGUUGGAUGUGGCAUUUUGGGCAAUUUUUCUGUACUGAACUGUGCCAUACUAAGGACUUGUUCCCCCCCCAAAAUCAACAUCUUUUCAAGCCAUUGUGAGGAAUUUAUUAUUAGGAAUAAAUGGCACAGGGAGAUGGGAGGAGGGAGGAAAGGUUUUGGAGUAAAAAAAAUGUAGAUUGUUUAAUAUACUAGACCUCAUUUUUAUUUUUGUAAUGUAUGUAGUAUUUUUUUGUUUUUUUCUUUUUAACUACUCAGGAAAAAAAUUACCUCAGAAAAAACAAACAGACAAACCCGAAUGUGUUUUUAAAAACUCUUUUAUCUUCUCAAGAAAGGGAAGGGGAAAAAAAAGAUCUUAAGAGUUUGCCAAACUCAAUACAAAGCUGCAUUAUGUGUUUGCUUCCAAAAAAGGAUGACAGAAAGAAGAAAGAAAAAAAAAAAACUUGAAGUUGUUACAAAGAUGAAAGUUGAAUGUAUUUCAGGUGCUUAUCACAAUAUAUUAUGCCAUAAUUUUAUUUUAUUUUUUUUAAACAUUGUUAUUGUAGUGUUUGGUGGAGUAACGUGUCUUCAAAGGAAAAGAGAGUAUUAGUGCCGUAGUUUAAAAGCUGUUGCUAGUACCACUUUUUGGAUAAACCUACUGGGUACAUUCCCAACUUCUUGGUUUGCAAAGCUUGUUUCUCUGUUGUGUUCUCCACUUCCUCUUCUUGCGUAUCCUAGCGAAGGACCCUGCCUGUGCUGUAGAAGUAAGCAUAUUAACAUGUGGUCAAGACCUGACCAUGUUGUAAGAGGGUUUAUUUUUGCCUUUGUGGACAGGAAAAACUAUGUUAGAGAACCAAGUUUUAACCUGCAAAGACUUCUGCACUGUGUGUUUAAGGCCUUAUCUACAGGAGAACGCUGCACUGGUUUAGUUAAGAGUGAGAUUUUAAACAGAUUUAAUGAAACCAGUGCAAACCUCUGUGUGGAUGCUCAUCUUUUUGUUUAAACCAGGCAUAUUUCGGAAUAGCCCAAAGUUAGGAGUUGGCAGAAGCUGAAACAAAACGAGCUGUCUUUAAACCAGUUUAACUAAAUCAUUUUUAAAAACCAGCGGAAGUUAAACUAGUGCCAUUUGGUAGGUCUGGGCCCAUUUCUUACUGCCCAAUCCUGCAAGUUGUGUUGCUGGCGUAUCAUGUUGCCCUGUGCAGAACAACAUGCCAGAUCCGGGCCUUUGUUUGCAGGCAAUGGCCUCUCAAACCCACCCCUAGGCUACAGGAGCCGAGAGCAACGGCAGAGGGAUAAAGCUAAAUCUCUCUUGUGUCUUCCUGGCUCCAGUUUUAAUGCCUCUGAGGCUCGUGUGUAGGUCUGAAAUAAUGCAGGGCCCAGUCUCCUCAUGCAGAGGCUUUUCCAUACUGGCAUUUUCCUUCCAUCUAGUGAAGAUGGGUAUGUCCCAGUUAGCGGUAGGGGAAGGCAGGGCAGUACCGUUGUGACCCCCUGGGAAUCCUACCCACUGGCCUAGUGGCAUUGCCACCGUCCCAGAACGAAGGGGUCCGAUCCCAACCCUAUUGAAGCCAACAGAAGGGCUUGUUACGAUUCUUCUUACCCACAUGGAGAUUCGCGUCACCUCAGCCCCCGGCUGGCUCCCUGAGCUGCCUUUAUACAGCCUACAAAAACAAGCCAAGCACUUGAAAUACAAAAUGCCAAACCCCCAGCCACUUGAAGUCCCACUGCCUGGUAAUAGAGCGUCAGCUCGUCAGGGUGGGAGCCCACGGUUUGUGCUCAUCUAGGAUACUAUAGCAAUGCUUAACAGCAGCCAAAGGGCUAGAGCUAAAAGGCCAAUGGAGAAUGAACUUCUAAUGCUGAGAACUGGCCACUUUGGGGCAGGGAAGAGGCACAGAGCAGGAUGAGGCAGGUUAACAAGGGCACUGGGAGAUUCUCUGGUCCUGAAUUUUAGUUACUCCCACCCCUGCAUGUGGGGGAGGGUGGAGUUAAGGUGGAUUUAAGCCAGUUUUGCACUCUGGGCUUUCAGGGGCCAGCACAUCCUCCAGUGUGAGUUACAGCAGCCUCAGGGCUGCUCUAACUUGUGCUUUAGUUCCCAUGGCCCCCUUUGGGCCAGGAGAAGCAGAGAAUAGCUGCAGUGUAGUCCAGGCACUCCCACUCCCUUAGUUAGCUCAUUUUGCUCUAUUGGGGGAAGGCAGUUGGGAGAAGCUAGCCGGGGUACCACAGUUGUUCCCUCCCUGGCUCUGUGUUCAUCACAGCCAUUCUCUUCUCACACCAAAUAAUGCCCUGUGCCAGGUGCCAACCCAAGGCUGCCUCUUAGCUUCUUUCUCUAGGCAUGUUCUUAACAGAUAAUUUGGGAGGGAACAGACCCCUUGGCUCAUGGUCUACAGGACUGCAAUCGUGCCCCUUAUCCCCACCAAAGAGCUGUCGGUGUCGCAUUUGAGAGAACCAGUUUCUUGAGAGGUUUUGCAUGCUAAAGUCUGAGAUCCAGGAACUCUGACUGCUCAGGGAGAGUGGGAGGGUGUUUUCAGGGGUGUGAUAAGGGAGCCGCUGGAGCUGUUAUUAAGGGGCUUGCUGCUUCUCUGUACUGACUUCGGAGCCCAUGUGUCUCAUGAGACGAUUCUGCUGCUAGCAUUGCAACUUUCCCCCCUUCACCCUACAAAGAAUGAGGUUUUUACACUAGCACCCAGAACGUGCUAUGUCCCUGCACCAACUUACAACGACCCAGUCCCCGACCCAAACCAUUUCUCGAAAUCCUUCAUUUCGGAGUAGCUUGGGAGCUGCCUGAUAAGGAAAUCUUUUUAAAAGGGGCAUCUGCAUUGUAAAGGCUCACUUGUAACUCAGUCUAACUGCACCAUCUCUGCCUCUGAUGGAUCAGAGCGAGUAGCAGAACAGUAGUGAUGUGAUCGUGACAACCAGUGUUCAUUAGCUUUGUGCAGAUUUAUUUUAUAACCAAACCAACCGUCUAAAAUGAUGUAGGGCCCAAUUCAAAGCCCUUUUGAGUAAAUGGAACUAGAUCCCUGUCCACUUCAAUGAACGGUGGAUCAGAUCUUUGGAUGAUGAGUGCAAACAGGGCUCUGUUGCUUUUUAUGUUGCGGAUGUUCCGUCUCACUUUCUGUAUUGAUCUCCAACUUAGUCUCAAUUUGCAAUAAUCAACUUGACCCAGAAACUGGAGAGGGAUAGCACUGUCCUUUAUUUGUUCUUCACUCUGCUGCUCUCCGCUGCCCUUUGCUUGCUGUGACAAGCUUUACCACGUGAAAAGUGCCAUUGUCCCUUGUGUGGGCAGGUGUGCUGUGUUGGAUUGGAUUGUUUUCACAGCUCUCAUUCAUUCCUUCAUUCUCCUCCCCUGCUUCCUCAGAUCCUAAAAUCACACUUUCUUUUAGGCUCUUUCCACCACCUCCUUGUGAGGCAUCUCCUUCUGCGGGUUGGAUUCUAGAACCCUGGCAACUGUUAACAACGUAGGACUGAUGCUCCCUCUCUCUGACAGCUGCUGUAUUUAACCAUUGAGAAAGCAGAAGCCACGGCUAUUAAAGUCCCUUAAGUGAGUAUAUAAUGUAGGAGGCACAUUAAAUAAGCUCUUCUCAGUUAUCUCCGAGGGCUUAGUACAAAACACUGGAUGAGACCCAGGGCACUUUUCAAACCGGGCUCAAUUUGUGCUGCCUCCCCUGCUUUUUCUCUCUCGGUUUCUUCAUUUGUUCUUUCGAAAUCAUGGCAAAGAGAACUAGGAAGUGCUCAGCAGCUAGCGAGAGCUGUCUGCAGUGAUGUGUCCACGGGUGGCACUUACUGGGCAACUCACUGCUGGAAUAUGUGCUUGCCCCUCAAACCAGGGGAUAGUCUCUGAAAUAGCUGCUCCUGACGCUUCUUGCUGAAGUCUGAGUUACAUUCUGUAUUAACCAAAAGUCCCCAGGUGCCAGGAAUCAACCCAUAUCCCUAUGACCAGGAAUUCCCUGGGGCUGUUGCCCAAACCCAGCACUUUCCCUGUUAUAUACGUUGGUGGUUUGGAAAUGGUCCUAGCUACAGUCCACUUACAAGGGUUGAACAGCUGCUCACAGAAAGAAAAGGGGCAGCAAGACCAUACGUGCAGUAGGCUGCAGGAAUCGACCCUGUAAAAUUCUAGCCACUCAUUUUUCUUAACGCUGGUAUCUGGCUCCAGCCAUCCCCUCGUCCUCUUUCUGAUUUCCCAUUGAGAAUUAAGGAUGGCUAGACCUGGCUGUCUUGGGGAGAGGAUUUCUGGUUGGUCUAUCUUCCCUUGAUUAGUAAUGCAUGAAAAUGAAUAAAGCAAAGGGGGAAGGAGCUGACUCACAGUGGAGCCCUGAGGAGGGAGAGGAUUGAAAAGGUGCAGGGGAUUUUAAACUUUUUUUAAUUUAUCAAGUUUGACUGUGUAGGGCCAGUUUUCAAAACUUGGCCACUAAAUUUAAGAGAUCCAGUGUCAUGGUCAGGGUCUCCAAUUGACACUCAGGCACCUGCGUGCUGGUUUGAAUGGCUGGGGGACAAAUUGGGUGUCCAGUUUUAAAAGUGGGGUCUGGAUAACCUCAGUUGGUAAGGGGAGGGCGUAUGUGUAAGAGACAUUGGAUGAACUGGUUGAAAUACAAUAAGAUAACAUGACCCAGACAAUUUUAGAAAGAUUUUUUUAAAAUGUUUCUGCGAUCUUGUUUUAUAUGAAAUUGGAAGUACUAUACAAGAGGAACUGUUUUUUAUUGUUUGUCUAUUAAGAGGCAACAAGGAACCAAGACUUCUGGGCUCUAUUCCCUGACUGUGUCAUGGGUUUACUGCGCGACCUUGGAUUAGUUUUAUAACAUGCUCUGUGCCUCAGUUUGCCCAUCUGUAAAAUGGGGGAUAACCCCACUCGCUGAGAUGAGAAAUCUCCCAAGAAAUAUCAAUGUCUCUGUGGCGUAGUUAGCAGCACGUUCCCUGACUUGUAAUCCAGGCUGGGAUUUAAGGGGAUCCAGGAUUGUGGCAGCAGGCCGCACAAGCUGAGAGCUAAAGAGCCAGCGAGAACUGAAGGGUCUGUGUCCAGGACCCUCAACAAAGAAUCCCUUGUUAUGUUCAGUAUAGCCAAAGCAUCUCUCUUUCCUGCCGCAUGAGACAUCACAGGGGGAGGCUAUGUCCAAAUAUUAUGAUAUCUACAUGAACUUUUUCAGGUUCACCUGUGUACGUGUGUAUCUGCACAUUCACUUGAUGGGAUCUUGAGCGCCUUUGUAGAAAGCUGGCUCUUGGGGAUAUUUUUUAAAUGUACCUCCUUUUAGCAUCCUCCUUGCCCUCCGUCUCACCUCUCCUCCAAAAAGUGGUACUGGAUUUUUGAAGACUUUUUUCUUAUUAUCAUAUUUGACUUUGUACAUCCUCUGUAACCAUUUCUACCUCAUUUUGCAACAUAUUGUACAUGAAAGUAUUUAAUUCAUGUCUUAUUAAUGUCUGAAAAGAAAUGCUUUUGAACUGUAAUGGUCUACCUCAAAAAAUACUGUAUUUUAAAAAGAAAAGUAUUACACAGUAUUAAAGAGAUUACAUGAA